GUCGUGUGUGGGUGGGUUUGUGUGAGGCGGAGAGAAGGCCGCCGCGCAAGAGUGGGGAAAAAAAAAACACCGGGCGAGGCCUGAGGCGAAAGUGGCCGCCGCCGCCGCCUCUUCUCCUUUCCCCCUUCCCCCCCCCACCACCCAUCUUCUUCGGGGAGAGCGAGGCUGAGGCCCAGCCUGAUCCGAAGGCCUCAUCGCAAUCCGGGACAACGGCUGGACCGCUAUUAUGCGCCACAGUCUGGCCCAGCUCUUAGCGGCCUCGUCGGGCCAGGGAAAACCCGGAGAGGCGGUCGCGGCCUGCUCGCUUCCGAGCCCGGGAGCCGAGCGGCGGCCUGUGGAGGAGACGGAAACCGCGGGGGCGGCGGCGGCCAUGGCCGAGGAUUCCUUGGAGGAGCCUGAGGAAGGCGAGCUGCUCUUCCCCGCGGGGCUGGAGCUGGACGCCUGGCUGGAGGCGGCGGUGGGCGGCGGCGAGGCCUCCCCUCCUCCGGCCUGGGGUAGGGUGAGCCCGCCGGCCGAGGCGUCGCGGCCUUCGAGCUCUUCUAGGUCGGCGCGGCCGGGCGGCAACCGCCUGAAAGCGGCGGCGGCGGCUCGCCUCAACCGGCAGAAGAAGAAGCUGUACGUGCAAGGCCUGGAGACGCGGCUUCAAGGCUUGGCGGCCGAGAACCGGCAGCUCCGCGACCGCAACCGGGGCCUCUGCCGGCGCCUGCGCGACCUGGAACGGGAGACGGGCUACUUGAGGGCCGUGCUGGCGAACCAGAGCGCUUUGGGCCGCUUGCUCGGACGCUUGGCCGGAGACGGCAGCCUCGGGCUCCGCAUGAGGAUCAGCACCAGCCUCUUCCAAGAAACGGCGGGCGGAGCCUUCGGAGAGAACGGCGACCACGACUACGCGCUCCCCAUCCCGGCGGAAGAACCGGCGGAGAAACUCCCCAUCUCGUCGUCGUCGUCUGCCAGCCCCGGCGGCGUUUGCCUCCACGUGGACCGCGACCACCUUUCGGUGGAGUUUUGCUCUCUCUGCGCCAAGCGGGCGGCCAGCUCGGAGACUUUGGCGGCCGCUGCUGCUGCUUCUCCUCUUCCUCCUCUUCCUCCUCCUCCUGCUGCUUCCUCCUUGCUCUCCAAAAUUUUCUCUUUUAGGUGCUUGCCCUGCCAGGCUCCGUUGUGUAGGGGUUAAAAGAACAGUCGUUUACCACCUCGCAACCUGGUAAGGAUCCAUAAUAUUCCCAUAAUGUGGUAUCGGACAGUUUGCAUUGGUACUUAGCCUGUUUUUCUUUAAAAAAAAAAAGAUUUGGUCUGGUCCAGGAGUUAGAAGUAGAUCUGGAGGCAGUUCCAAAAAUUAGUUAAUUUUGAUUAAUCAAGUUUCAAGAAAUGGCUAUUCAAGUUAGCACUACUUUCCUUUGUCAUUCUAAAUUUUUAACAUGUUCCUGACAAGACACUUGUAGAAAUUAUUUUAAUGUAAUAUUUUAAAAUAAUAGGUUAAGAUUUGGGGGGGAAAUGCUGCUAAAUGUACAUUUAGCAAUAUGUUGCGUGGAGAAAGGGGAAUCAAAACCAUUUUUUUGACUGAGACAAUGUGAGUAUAUCUUUAAAGAAAUAAAAUAUACCUCAACAUUUACUUUAGAACUUGGACUUUUCUAGUGGAAUGAACUACUGAGUUUUGCAGUUUUGACAAUGUUUAGUGAGGAGGCAAUUGCUAUAAACUUUCCCAGUUAAUACGAGAUUAUUUGUCCAUAUACUUGGCUGUUGUUAUUAUAAUAAUGUGUCCUUAUCUGCAAGGAAGCAAAUAAGCCCACAGAUUGUUUUAGUAAUAUCAGUGCUCUAUCACUACAUUGCUGCAUGCAUUUUGAAGACUACCUAGAAAUAUUUUAGUCUAGUGAAUUUUGUUUAG